GGCUCAUGAAGCAUAUUUAAGCCCCAAACAGCAGCACUGGACUCUCUGCGCUAACACAUCCCGGGGAGCCCUACCAUGCUGUUACUAAUCAAGGUCAUCCUCACCCUGUGGGUCUCCUGGGCUCGUGGACAAGAAAUAACAUGUGACCCCCCAAUAAUUGAAAACAGUCACUACAUUCCUAAAAGGACCAAUUACAGACUGGGACAAGAAAUCACGUACUACUGUACAAGUGGCUUCUUCCCUUCCUCCUGGGGAAAUACUGCAAAAUGUACGGACAAAGGCUGGGAUCCUCCUCCAAGAUGUAGCUUAAAUCCCUGUGAAUUUCCAAAAUUGAAGCAUGGACUCCUAUACAAGGAAGACACAUAUAGAUCAUACUUCCCAGCACCGAUAAAACAAUGGUUUUACUAUUCCUGUGAUGAAAACUAUGUGACUCCUCCUGAAGGUUUCUGGCAUUACAUUACUUGCACACAAGAUGGAUGGACCCCGGAAGUGCCCUGCCUCAGUGAGUGA